CGAAUGUACAACGCAAUCCGCGUCCAAGCUUCUGGCGAUGCUGCUGCGCGCCGCCCCGCAGGAAGCGAGCAGCGCUCGGAUUCCAACGUCACCACCCCAGCCUCAAGCCCGCCAACCUGCGCAGCCCACUCUGAUUCCACCAAUACCUCCUACGACGCCGACGCCGACGCCGACGCCGACUACGACCUGCUCCACGACCUUGCAGCAAUCGAAGAAGAGGACCGAUACACUGCGCUCGAUCCCCGGGCCGUCCUGCUGCCGAGAAUGGCCGAAGACUUCAGCGAAGGCCGCCUGGAGACCUUCGUCGGCAAGCCGCAGAAGGAGCUGCCGGGCACCAAGGAUGCAUACGUCUCUUAUCUUGUAACUACCAAGUCCGACUUCCAAUCCUUCCAACGCCCCGAGUUCUCCGUGCGCCGCCGCUUCACCGACUUCCUCUUCCUCUGGAAACAGCUCACCAAGGAGUACCCACAAUGCGCCGUCCCACCGCUACCCGACAAGCACAAGAUGGAGUACGUGCGCGGCGACCGGUUCGGUCCGGACUUCACGCAGCGGCGCGCACACUCUCUGCACCGAUUCCUCAAGCGGAUAACCCUGCACCCGGUCCUGCGGCGAGCUAUGCUCCUGAUCAACUUCCUCGAGAGCCCAGACUGGAAUCAGCACAUGAAGGGGAGGUCGUCAAGAUCGGCAAGCGCGUCCGAGCAGGGCGGAAGCGGCAUUGUGGAUUCGAUUGCGGAGAGCUUCCUGAAUACCUUUACCAAGGUGCACAAGCCGGAUAAGCGAUUCAUCGAGGUCAGCGAGCGAGCUACAAAGUUGACAGAGGAUCUUUCAAAUAUCGAGAAGGUGGCGGUGCGCGUCGCAAGGCGUCAAGGGGACCUUGAGCAGGACUACAACGACCUGGCGACGCAAUGCCAGAAGCUUAUCACCCUGGAGCCGGGCGUUGAAGGGCCUCUCACGUCCUUUGCUUCGUCGGUAGCUACGACUGCGCAGGGCUUCAAAUCGAUACGGGACCACACCGAUCAAAACUACCUCACCAGCCUGCGGGAUAUGGAUGCUUAUGUCCUCGCAUUGAAGGCUCUCCUCCGCACGCGGGAAAGCAAACAGCUGGACUUCGAAGCACUGAGCGACUACCUCGCAAAGUCUGCAUCCGACCGAGAUUCACUAGCCAGCCAGCACGGCGCAGGCAUGGGAGCGUCCGGUUUCCUCCGCUCCAAGGUCGAGGACUUCCGCGGCAUUGACCAUGAGCAGGCUCGCAGACAGAGGGUGCGCAAGCUAGAGGUCGAGAUUGAGAGAUUGACAGGCGAAGUCGAGAAUGCGAAGAAGGCCACGGAGGCCUUCGACGAGCACACGGUCAAAGAGGUUGAGGACUUUGAACGCAUCAAAACCGUUGAGAUGAAGGACACGCUCGGAGACCUGGCGGAUGCGCACAUCGAGUUCUUUCAAGACACAAUCGAAACAUGGGAGAAGUUCCUCGAAGACAUGCGGAAGGAGGAGGAUGAGAGGAAGGCCACGGCGGCAUCCUCAUAGAGUGGAAGCUCCAGUGCACUGCCUGCUCCGGCAAUAUUGGUUUCACGGAGAACAAUUCCUGGUCAGUGUCUUGGACGAGGCUGGGUUGAUGUCUACCCGGCUGUGUGCGGCGUUUUUUUGGCUCACUAGACUUUGGGCGUAGCUAUUACCUGUGGCUCAUUGAUAUGUUAAUGAUAGAGACUGAACCGUCAUCAUGCCGCGCGCACAUUUGUACAAGUCAACAACAGGUUGGUAGUGAUGUAGUGUCUCAGGCAUGCCAGACGUCGCGCCAAAAUGUCAAGAGCUCGCAAA